GUGUGUGACAGAAGGUAAACCGUUUGCAUGUGGCUGCUAGUCUUGGAUAUCCCCACAUCAGAGAAAAGCCAGACCAAAGACGCCAUAGUCUAGUGGCUGCGUGCAAGUUAUUGAUUAUGUUACCAGGACACUUUGGGGGAUGAAUGAAACACACACUCAGAGAACACAUGAUGCCCUUUCUUGGUUCAUGGAGUUCCAAUGGGACUAUGUCACCAGGAAUGGAAUGUUUCCAGAAUGGUUCCAUGGCAUUAUUUCCAGGAAGGAUGCUGAGGAAAUGCUUCUUUUGAACCCUUUUGGCAACUUCCUGAUCCGUGUCAGUGAAAGCAGGAUAGGAUACACGCUCUCCUAUCGUGGAAUUGAUCGCUGUCGACACUUUAUGAUUGACGUGCUGAAGGACAAACGCUAUAUUAUUGUUGGAGAGGACACCAGUCACGGGUCUCUGCAAGAACUGGUGAACUACCAUUGCAAGGUGCCAAUCAUGCCCUUCAAUGAGAAGCUGACUGGAGCUUGUGGGCAGGUAUCAAAUAAAAAGCUGGACUAUGCUGAAUUUAUGGUCCACAAAACACAACCUAAUCCUGGCCCGCGACUGAAUAACCCCCCAAACAUGAACAGCGUUACUGAUCUACAGCCACCUGAGGAUAUUCCUCCUGCCCUCCCUCAUCGUCCCAGCACAUUGAUUGACCCUGUCAGCCCAAGCACCAGCAAACCACUGGUAACUCCAAGCAGCCCUCCUCCAAGGCUCUACCCAAGCCUGGAGACCGAGCUGAACACCUUGAGCCUCCAAAACCCAAACACGACAGAUGCUCAACCAGUGCCAUUUCCCAGGAAGAUACAUGAGGUCAGCGAAGCUCAGCCAGACAAACCUCCUGAAUUACCUUCACGAGGCCCUGUUAAACCACAGAGAAAUAACAAGGACAAAGGCACUGCUACACCUGAUAAUCCCCCGGCGCCCAGGUCAGUGUUUACAGACAGACCACAGAUAGCACCCAAACCAGCCCACCAGGACCCAAUCACUACCCAACACAAGAAUCAUGAUGUCAAGUCAGGGGUCAGCAACUUGAUCAAGAGGAAGUUCAUGAAGAUGAGAAGUGCCUCUCAGGAGCACAUGUAUGCAGAGAUCAAUGUCACAGAAGUGGAGCAGGGAAAGGACAGAGAAAGGGACACUGAUACACCCGCUGAGAACCAAUACCAGAUGCUUCCAGGAGACAUAGACAAUAUCCCCCACCCAAUCAGUCCCACUGACGAUAGGUUACCACCGGAGUACCACCCCCCUUCUCCUUUUGCCCCAGGAUACUAAUAUCCUCUACUUUACUUUUUGGAUGGAUGCAUGCAAGGAAGAACAAACGGAUGAAAUGAGUGACAGAAAUCUUCAUCAACUGGUUAUCUACCUAUAAGUAGCAUUUAGAAUUAUUCUUUUGUCAGCAAAAAUAUCUGCUUUUAAUAAUUAGAAAAAUGUCCAAUGCAUUACAUUGCAGCGUAUGCACAUAUAAGGUAUUCCAUAUCAUAUUUAAAUAUACUUAUUGAUAUUAUUUAUUUUCAUUUAAUUUGAGGAAUAAUGUAAAACAUCUAUUUUUUUGUCUUUAAAAAUAUAAAAUACCUUUUAAAAAUGUAAUGUCAAAUAACUGCUCUAUUCAUGAAAGAUAUUGCCAGUGCUAUUACUAUGUAACAGGGAACUCUGCCUCCAUACACAGGCUAGUCUAACCGGUUGGGCUAGAGUAAUGUGACUCACUCUAGACACUCAGGUGUGAGUGCGGCCUUUCAGGUGAAGGCAACUUUCCCCUAUUUACGUAUUCCUCUUCUUCCUUCUAUGGGAACAGUAGCUUUUCUGUAAUGUCCUAAGCUUUAAUAUUACCUCAUGCCUACCUACCCAAAUGACUGAGAUAACAACACUAUUUAAAUGACAGUCAAAAAUAACAGUCAAACUGCUAUUGAUCACUAUAAUUGGAAGCAUUGUAAGUAACGCUUGUGUAAUACCCUGCUAGAGACAAUGUAUGAUAUUAGAAGCUCUAUGUUUAUUGUGGUUUUAAUUUUAAUGUUUGAUCCUAAUUCAUAAUAAAGUUUGAUCAAACAUUUGUUUUAAAUUUCAUGUACACAUUCCAAAUAAAUAACAUUUAGUGAAGUCUUUAA